CUCAUAAAAGAGUUACAGGAAAGGGAAGGGGAAGUGGAAAUUAUCAACAGUGGAGCUAUCUGUCAAUACUGCCACACACUUUAUGUCACUGAUCAUUUUUAUCAUUUCAUUGUAAAUAUGGUAAAAAUCAGUGGAUGUGCUUUUAUUUUUUCUGCUCUCAAUAUUGUGGAGAUGAUGACACUCAAUGUACAAGGUGAAAUUGGGGGAGAUGUGUCAUUCACAUGUUCAGACUGGAACACUUGGUUCAGUGUGAACACUAAUAAGAAGUACCUUUGUAAAAGUCCAUGCUCAAAAACAAAACACAUAAUCAUCACUGCUGCACCUGGAAAGACUGAAUUUGGAAACAGAGUAAUCCUAAAUAACAAAGGGAAUGAUUUAUUAGUGACUUUCAAUAAUCUUGAAUUGGCAGACUCAAAAAAAUAUUACUGUGGAGUUGAGAGACGUGGCUAUGAUCCACUUAUAGAGGUCAAUCUAAAAGUUGUACAUGGUCCUAAAAAACCUGCUAAGACAGUCACUGCUGGGUCAACUGUGUCCUUUGCUGUUUUAAACAGAACCAUUAUGCCUUUAAGCCAUUUGGAUAUUAUUACUAAUUCAUCUGUCCUAUCCUAUAUAACACCGACUACACCACCCAUUCAAAAAGAUGGAAUUGUGCCAUAUUUAAUUUUAGGUAUCAUUGCCAUAACACUGAUGAUAGUAUUGAUGGUCAUGUUGAAGUUUAUGCAAACUUUUAAAAGAAAAAUGGAAAUUGUGUCUCCACAGGAAGAUGCACAUGUGGAUUUUACUUAUGAUGAAACUGGACCUGAAGACCAGCAGACUGCCAGACCACCGGUAGCCGUCUUGAGUGCAAGCCUCAGUAGACUGAACGCUGAUGUUGACUCUGAAAGUCUCUAUGCAAAUUAUCUCCAAGACAGUCAAUCAGCAGUGAUAAAUGAUUCAUUGUACUCUUUUGCUCGACUACCCAAACAUAAAACUGAACACAAUGAGCAAAAAAGUAAUUCUAUAUAUUCCCUUGUUUACCAACCACAGACAACCUGAACCUGACAACUGCGACAGGAAAUAAUUAAAAGGGAAUGCUGUUAAUAUUUAAUUUUUCUUUUCUUUUAUCUUAUAGCAGUGUGUUGUGUAAUGCAUGUAUGUAUGCAAAUAAUUUUUUUAACUGAAGCCUCUAAAUGUAAGUCCAAGUCUAUUCCAAAUGAUCAAAAUAAGGAUUCGAAGAAGGAUUGCAAUCAAAAUAAUCCUGCAAGCAGACAGAUGUUCUGUACACAGAGCAUCAAACAUGUGCUUUAGCCUCUGUUACUGAUAAGCAUUUUCAUAUUUUCCAUCAUUAUACUGUAAAUGAACGUCAAUUUCAGAAACACAAGCAGAACAAGAAAAAGAGAACAUGAUAAGGAAGGUGAGCAAGAACUUUUAACUCAUAUUCAGGUCUCAAAGAUGUGUAAAAUAAAUAUUUAUCCUGCACAGUGCAUUAAACAUCACAUAGUUUCUUAGUGAGUAGACUGAACAGCACAAAAUCAGAGCACAGGACCUGGCAUUAACUUUUUAACUUAUAAGAGUUAAAGUAAUCAUUCACUUGUUCUGGAAAAUUAGGAAUUUUUUUAGGUAAAAAAAUACAUCAUACCUAAAUAUUCAACUCAGUUCAACUCAACUCAGUUUUUAUACUGCCAACACAUAACAGUCAACUUAAAGCACUUGAUAUUAAAGACUCUAUAGUAUUACAGAGAAUCAAAUGUUAAGCAAAUACAUUGGCACAGUAGGAAGAACGAACUCCCUUUGAACAGGAAGAGACCUUUAGCAGGACCAGGGUCAGGGAGAUUUGGCUGUGAAUAAAAGCAGGACUCAAACUCAUUUUAUAUCGAGGGCAACAUGCAGACCACUUUGAUGCUAAGUGGGCUGCACCAGUGAAACUCCCCUUUCUGUCAGUGUAAAGACGUUUCAUUACACAUUAAAUGCCUGAAUAUAAGAAAACGAAUUUCAAUUCCAAAAGUACGUCUCAGUCUUCCAACAUGAUAACGAAAUACUGCUUGGUAAAUGAAAGAAAUGUGUCAGCAUGACUGUUUGGGCUUAAACUGUAAGAAUUAAAUAUGUAUAUCUGUUAGCUCAAAACUGAACCCACUGAAAAUGUCCUUUUAUUGUGGACUCAUUGUAAAAAAAAAAAAAAAAAAGAAAGAAAGAAAGAAAGAAAGAAAGAAAUCAUUAUAAUCAGUAGGAAAUUUUCUGGUAUUUAGUUAAUGUGGUGUAGUAUGGGCCCAGGCCUUCAGUUUGACACCUCUGAUUGAAAGUGAUAGUUUUUUGUAUUUAUUAAAGUGACAUUAUACAGUAGACUUAUGUUACCAAGUAUAAAUAUUAUAAUUGUUUUUAACAGUGUAACUUUGACAGCUGUGUCUUCCUAAUAAAUUUGAAAUCUGAGUGUUGUACUGGAUUCUGAUGUAUAAUUGUCUCCACUAAUUCUAUAUUUUUUGUGAAACACUGAAUUGAAAUUCAUAUUGAAAUUCUUGCAGAACGAUGUCCAUAUUAUUUUUAUCUGUCCAAAAGCACAAGAUAGACCUAAUCAGAUGUUUCAAAUUUGCAUGAAGACAGCACCUCUGAAGCUCAGCUCAGGUAUGUGACUUUUUUUUUUUCGCCUGUUUUGGUGGUUUUCACUCCUAACUGGUCAUGGCAGAUGGUUGGCCCUCCUUGAGACUGGUUCUGCUAGUGGUUUCUACCUAUAAAGGUAGUUUUUUCCUUCCUACUGUUGCCAAAAUACUUGCUCAUAUGUGUACGUCUGAUAGUUGGGAUUUCUCUGUAUUAAUGUAGGGUCUUUACCUUAGAAUUUUAAGUGCCUUGAGACAACUGUUUUUGUGAUGUGGCGCUAUAUGAAUAAAACUGAACUGAAUUGAAUUGGAUGUAGCCCUUGCAGAAGCUCCCUUGAUUUUUUAAAAAUUAUUUUAUCACCUGCUAAAGUUUACUUUUGUUGCGCAUUGUGAUUUCUGUGAAGGUUAAUUGGUCAUUUUUGUUCUGCAAGUGGUGUAAAGUCAAAUUUUACGAAUCCACAAGUUUUCUACACAUUACACUGCAAUCCUGGAGGAAAUGAUGGGUUUUCAGCACUGGCGCUGAUCCACCUGCCAUCAUGGAGACUCUAAGGUGUUAUAUGGGCAAUAUUGUGGGUGAGCUUGGUGAGCUGAUUAAGACCAAUGGGAGCACAGUGAAAGGAUUAAGUUCAUGGAGCAUUGCAGUGAGACAUGACAAUACUCACACUUCCUGGACCACAAUGUGACCAUAACUGGCUUCAAAACUUUUCAGGAGACAGCGACCUUAAUCUGAGCUGUAGGAAGAAAUGUGGAUUACACUAGUUGGGAAAGUUGUGUAAACCUGGAUAUGUGACUGUGAAGUAACAUUUUUGUGGCUUCAGGACUGAACUGCUGUUGGAAUGCACUCAUAUUACUCAUCCUUUCUGUUUCAAUCUGUGAAAGGAAUCUGUGAUUUGAAUCAACAAUAUGUGCAUUCCUCCAUUAACUGACGCAACAGUCGCUCUAAUGUGUCUGUGGUGAAUGGCUGUAGCUAUUUAAUGGAUCCAGACUGCCCUAUGCACCACUUACUGAAUAUGCAGCUGAACAUUUUCUCUGACAU